GCCACGUACACGCAUUACCUCCAGAGCUCCUCACAACAGAGCUCAAUAAUGUUAACAUUUGCCGCCGCCACGAUGCGGAUAACAUUCAUGCGUCACCGUGGAGGCCUGAAUCCCAGCAUCUUGUUGAAACAUGGAAGGAGCGACACAGCCUCAACUGGGCAGCAGUCAUGAACAGCUUUUGCCCAGUGCAUGGCCAACCAACCGACCAUGCCAUCUUCGCGAGAUAUCCUGUUGCCUACCGAGCUGACAGACUUCUUUUUCGCCGAGGGCGAUGAGAGCGAGCACUUCCCCGCCAUCUUUCUGUACACCAUCUGGCCCAUUCUGCUGGUUCUCAUCUACCCUACUCUUUUCAUUGUCUUCCUUAUCGAGGGAAUCGUGGAGCUUGUUUUUGUGUGUUGGCUGAAGACAAGAGGACUAUUGGAUCUUCACCCACUGUCCACAGAGGGGACACCCUUGCUGGCCUCGGAAGACCGAGCGGAAGUCGCAUCCCGCCGAAACACUGUCGCAACUCGAUAUCCUGCCGUUGAUGUUGCAGCGAUCGAUCUUUCUGAACUGAAGCAUGGAGCUCAAAUCUCGUCGCUUCCCGUCCGCUUGGUCGAGAUGCCCAUGGAAGACCCAUCUCACAUUGCAGUUGUGAGUUGGCGCUGGGACUUCUCCCAGCCAAAUACCCUCUCGUCUGGUCUAUCUCUCAAUGUCGCACAAGCCAUCAAAUAUGCCAAAGCCCACGGUAUUCACUUCCUAUUCAUCGACAUUAUCUCCUUGGACCAAAAUCUCUCGCCCGAGGAGCUUAUCCCAGAGGUUGCGCGCUUCAGCACAUUGUACGAGACUAUACCCGUCAUUGCAGCGUAUGAUGACACGCGCUUGGACUUUGAGUACAUCAUGAUUCGACCAUGGAUCUUCAGUGAGAUCAAAAAGAUGAUGCGCAACCCGCACAAGAUCGUCUACGUGGGGCACCUCCGCCAGGGCACUUACAUAUGCAAGAGCGUCCUCCACUGGUGGCUAGGUCGCGUGCCACGUCAUCGUAUGGCAGAUACCAGAUUCUUGAACCAGUUGCGGAAAGCUUGGUUCGCGGACUAUGUGCCUCCCGUGCUAGCGCUGCUGAAUGGGCACAAUAACAUGACGGACAUUCACGACUUCAAGUUCAUCAUUCCGCCGCUAGCAGAAGCCUUUACCGCUGCAGAGAAACUGCCACCGAAUGACUACCUCUUGACGAUAGCUUUGCUACUGUCUAAUUCCCAGUGGGGAGGCAUUCGAGAAUAUGACGUGGAAGGUGCCUUUCUGGGCUUACCGUACACCAAAUACCAGGUGCGGUCCUUCGUAAGCAACAAAGAGAGGGCAAUGACAAGCGCUGACAAUUAUACCGUCAAGCACAUCGAGCAUACGGAGAUGCAUGAGAUCCGCUUGGGCGAUGAAAAGAUUGCUACGUUUUCGUAUCGUCACGAUCACUGGAAGGACACGCUGGUCCCGCGAUACACAGUCACUGUGGACUUACAUAUAAGACGACGGCUACUUGGGAUGCUCGAGCUGGACACAGAUGACGCACGGUACGCCAUUAGCGAUGAUGAUAUGGUGGGAUAUUUCCUAGGGUCGACUCUGAGCGAAAGCCAAAACAUCGAAGUAGUUGAACAGUGAGUUUGGUCUGUUGAACUGCUCUCUUCAAGCAUCGGUGUCGGUGUUAAGGUCCAAAUUUGAGACCAAUUAUCCAUCCACGC